AUGUCCCUGCACUGGCCUUCCUCAGCGGUGCUCCUGCUCUUUUUGUUGGUGUGCUGGGGCGGCAGUGGGGCUGAGGCCAUCGCUGCGGAGACGCAGGAGGCGUCGAAGGAGGUGGAGCUCUUCAAACAAGGGGAAAUGGAGUCACGCGGGUGCGGCGAUGGGGAGCUUUCUGCGCUGGGCAGUGUCUUUCAGUUCAACGGCCAUUCUCUUGUCGCUGUGGACGGGACGAUUGUGGCCCUUGCCGAGGCGCAACACAACGCCUCAUUUAGCAGUGAAGUUGCGAUCAUGGCGAGUUCCGGGUCACGUGCAGGGAGUUGCUGGGAGACACAAAUUGUCUUUCGAAAGGAGCCGGCGCCGCGCUUUUCCGUCACGCUGGCCGGCUCCCGGGCAGUUGUAAAGGACAAGAAGAUUUUUCUCUUGGCGACGAGCUUCUUCGAGCCGCAGUCCCGGUUAAAGGUGCCGCCACCGAAUGACGGCUGGGAGGCGGCGUUGGUAGUCGGCGACGUCGCCGCGGCGGUGGCCGGGGGCCGGACGGCCAGAGCGGUCAGCUGGAGUUCCCCGGUGCCGCUGACUAGCCUCUUCGCGGAAGAGAUGGGGCGGCACGCAUGGACGAUUUUUCGCGGUGGCGGCAGCGGCGUUGUGCUGGGCAGCGGUGCGAUAGUGUUCCCGUUUCUCGCCACGACCGCGGCCGAUGGGGCGGUCUGCACCGUUUUUUACUCGACGGACGACGGGAAUACGUGGCGGUUUCCGUCGUCCGGCGGGGCGGUUGAGGGCUGCUACGCCGCGCGGCUGCUUGCGUGGGAGGGGCGGCUCCUCAUGAUCACGACGGACGGUUUUCUACGCCGCGGCCUCUACGAAUCCGGUGACGUGGGGGAGACAUGGACGGCGGUUGCCGGGGCCCGGCCCAACGCUCUGGGCGACUUUGUGAGCCGUGGCUCCUUCACCUCCCGAGGCGAAUUCGUGACGGUGAACAUUGAAGGGAGCCGUGCGGUGCUGCUUACCGCGCCGGCGCACUCGCGUGUUGCGGGCGUGCCUCGCGGCAGGCUCCAUCUCUGGGCGAGUGACAUGCGCCGAAUUCACGACGUUGGACUGAUAGCGACCGGUGCCACCUCCCUCAACCCCUUUAGCAGUCUGGUGUACGCCGAUGACGAGUUAUUUCUCUUCUACGAGAAGGAAGAGGGGUCCGGCCGCGGUCUUGCCCUUAAGCCCCUCAGUGGGCCGCUGGGGCGACUCAAGUUCGUCCUGAAUACUUGGCGGGCCGUCGACACGCGCGUCUCGGCGGCGUCCUGCGCUUCCACUCAAGUAGCGUGCGGCGUCCCGGUGCCCACGGCCGGGCUGGUCGGGUAUUUGGCUGGCACCUUCACUGGGACUGCGUGGGUGGACGAGUACCUCGGCGUGAACGCGACUGUGAAAGGUGGUGCUGAGGCGGCAGGCACGGAGGGGGGCGUGACUUUCAAAGGCCGUGGCUCGUGGGCGGAGUGGCCCGUGGGCAACGAGGGGCAGAACCAGCCGUACUACUUUGCAAACAAUGCGUUCACGCUUGCGGCGACGGUGACGAUCCACGCGGCGCCGGAGAAGGGCGAAAGCCCUCUGCCUCUGUUGGGUGUGAGCAUGAAGGACGGAGACGGCGCCGCAGCCUUCGGUCUGUCGUACACGAGCGACAAGAUGUGGCGUGUGUUGUGCGGGGACAGUGCGGGCGGCCCAGACACCGGCACGUGGGAGCCAAAUAAAAGCUACAACGUGGCCAUCGUGCGCCAGGGCGGCGGCCAGGGCUUCGUGUACAUUGACGGCGUGCGUGUGGGAGGCUGGCAGCCGGAGCAGCGGUGCGAAACGCAGACAGGCGUCAUCUCGCACUUCUACAUUGGCGGGGACGGCAGCGGCGCAGCAGAGCCAGCGAGUGAAGGUGGCCGUGUGACGGUGACGAACGUCCUGCUGUACAACCGCCCGCUGGGUGCGGAUGAGAUUGGCGCCCUUCACAAGAAAACCGUCCCCAGUUCGACGCCGGAAGAACCAACGCCACUGCAGCCGGUGGCUUCUGCUCCAAGCGAAGACGUUCCCAGUAAAGAUGCGAAUGCCACUUCGCCUGCGCCGCAGCGUGGGCUGCAAGCCGCGUCCUCGCCUACUCCCGGCAACGCACUGGCAACGGGACACGGGCCCUCGCAGCGGGAGGCCCAGAGUGCAGAUCGGGGCGGUGCCGCUGCAGACGCCGCGGCGGCAAAGAGCGCGACAUCUGUCCCUGCGACCCACAGCAGCAGCAACAGCAGCGGGGGUGGUGGGGGUCUGCUGCGGCAGCGCAACGCCGAGGACGGCGCUGUGCGUGGGCGCCGAGUGGUGCCGCUGCUGCUUCUGUUGGGGCUGUGGGCCUUUGCGGCGUUGUGA